AAAACUGACAGCGUCAUAAAACUUCCUGCAUUUAAAAGCUCCUCGCACGGGUUUUUCACUUCAGAGUUUCGCUGUCUGAUCCUGCGACGAGUAUGUGACACUGACAGAGAGAGAAAGCAUCAAUGCCGAGGCAGAGAAAUAUGAUUGCGGCUCUUCUUCUGCUUUGUGCCAUCGAGCUGCACUGCUCUGAUGGGGCAGCAGCACAGAAUCAGGCCUGCAUUCGCACUCAUGAGGUGGCAUGUUUUGUCCCACCUGACAAUCUGAACGCAUCCGAGCCUGUCAGCAUAAAGGUGUCUGCUGGUAUGAAACUCAACAUCUCCUUGGGGCACCUCUCUGGAUAUUCUGCCUGCCAAUGGAUGAGAGGAGUAGACCUAGUCCAGACAGUAAACGAGAUCCACUCCAUGGUCACGCCACGACCGUUUUCCGUGAAUGAAUCGGGGGAGUAUACGCUGAGUUGUAAAACGAGCAAUAUCACAGCCUCGAUGACUGUGUCUCUUCAUGUCAUGAAACGUCCCACAAAACCAAGGCUGACACUGGAAAGAACAGAUAACAUAAACAGCUCUCCUCUUUUCAAGUGUGUCUCUGAAGGCUACCCAACACCUAAACUUGAAUGGUCUGGGUCUGGAAACAAAAAGGCGAAAAAGAUCCCUGCAAACAAUGGAAAUGCCUGUAGCGAAGUAUCCACAAGUCGAUAUUAUAAUAGCGGAGCAAUGUGCUGUGCUACUAACGAUGAAGGGCAAGAAUGCUCCCAACUGUAUGACUACGACCUGGAGACUGACGUUAGGAGAAAUGAGGAGGUUUCUAAUGUGACCGUGAGUGCUGGUCAGCCUUUACUGCUUCGCUGCCGAAUAAAGGACACUUCCGUUGAUCAGUGCUGUGGACCUGUGUGGGAGAAAGGCAGCGAAAUAAUGGAUUCUGAAACAUUAAUAUGUUCUUCUGAAGCCAAUGAGAUCUGCAUCAAAAAUGACUCACAUUAUGACAGUGUGAUGGCCUACCUGUUCAUGAAAUCAGUAAGAGUGGACCACAGUGGCACAUAUACCUGCAGGAGUCCAAAAAACAAAACCAAGUCUGUUUACAUUCAUGUCCAGGCUGAGGGUUUCGUCUCUGCUACGCUGGAUGAGACCAAGAUUUUACCAGUUCAGAAUGCAUCCAGCUCCUGUUUGCAAGCCAAUGUUUCAUACGAACCUGUGCUUGAGCACUGUUUCUGGGAAGAUCCUGAUAAAACUAUAACCAAAUGCCGCAGGGACAACUGGGUGUCGAAACACAGCACUCUGAAGCUGUGUCAGCCACUCAAAUCAGGAGAUUAUAAGUUACACUUGGAGGCUGGAGGAAGAAAGGAAACUAAGACCAUAUCAGUGUGUGUUGCAGCUACAGAUGGAGAACCCUUCAGAUUUGUGGAUAACGAGGACAUAACCGCUGAGACUCUGAGCCUUGUGCCAGCAGAUCUUACCUGGAUGUCUUGUCCUUUGUCCAAUGACAGUUGUGAAACAGACCUCUCUUCCUGGGAAGUGAUAGCCUCUCAAACAGACCCCGAUGUCUCCUGCAGCAAGACCAUCAAGAGCUCUGUGAAAAUAGACCUAGCGCAUGGAAAGCGUUUAAAGUUUUGCCUGAAAAACUCAGUUACACAGUGGUGCAGGAUAAAGUACACACCUUCAGUCGGGCUUUCCAUAGGUGCCCUGGGUCAUGAUAUUAACAGCGUAAUGUUGAUGAAGCUAGUCAGUUUGCUUCUGCUUCUGGCUUUAGUGGCAGUUUGCGUGGCGCUCGUGUACUUUGUCAAAAAGAAGAAACCCCAGUAUAAGCCCCAGCUUCAGAUGAUCCAAAUGGUUGGACCAAAUGACAAUGACUACAUCUACAUAAACUUUAAGGACUUUGAGUAUGACCAGAAAUGGGAGUUUCCAAGGGAGAACCUGGAACUGGGUACAGAGCUGGGCUCUGGGGCUUUCGGCAUGGUGGUCCAGGCUACAGCUUAUGGCAUCAACAAACCUGGAGUCUCACAGCAGGUUGCUGUCAAGAUGCUCAAAGAGAAACACCAGAUGGUGGAGAAGGAGGCCCUGAUGUCAGAGCUUAAGAUGCUGACUUACAUCGGCCACCAUGCUAACAUUGUCAACCUGCUUGGGGCAUGUACAGACUCAGGACCCAUAUACCUGAUUUUCCAGUACUGCUGUUAUGGAGAUCUGCUCAACUACCUAAAGAAAAACAGAGAGCGCUACCACAAGUCUGUGACUGAUGCUUUCGACAAGGACCGUUUCAGCAGCCUUUAUCACAACCUGCAGCUCAAGAAAAGCACCUGUGAGAUUAACACCGCAGUGGAGAACUAUGUGCCCAUGCACAGCUCUACCACCAGAGGGCAGAAAGACAUCGCCCUCCUCCACCUCAACUCUGGUGACACAGACAGCCUUGAAGACCCGGAAAUCUAUGAAAACCUUGAUGAUCAGACGGAGGACCUGCAAGUUCUGACCUUUGACGACCUGCUCAGCUUUGCCUUCCAAGUGGCCAAAGGCAUGGAGUUCCUCUCCUCCAAGAACUGUAUCCAUCGAGAUCUGGCAGCUCGAAAUGUGUUGGUGACAAAAGGCAGACUGAUAAAAAUUGGUGACUUUGGACUGGCCCGGGACAUCGACAACGAUUCCAACUAUGUUGUGAGAGGAAAUGUGCGUUUGCCGGUGAAGUGGAUGGCACCAGAGAGUACUUUUCAAGGGAUAUACACCAUGAAGAGUGACGUUUGGGCUUAUGGCAUUCUGCUCUGGGAGAUCUUCUCACUUGGUGUUACUCCGUAUCCAGGCAUGAAGGUGGAUCACACGUUCUAUUCGAUGAUCGAGAGAGGAUUUAAGAUGGACUGUCCUUACUACGCUGACGAGGAUGUGUAUGGAAUAAUGUGUGAGUGCUGGGCUCUGGAUCCCAACAACCGGCCAUCUUUCUCCAAAUUGGUGUCCUUUACGUGUGAUCGGCUGAUGGUCAGAGAGGAGCAGCUCUACCAUAACAUGCCCGACCAAUCGUCCAGCGAGUACAAGAACACACCGGCCAUCAUUGACAUUUCCGCCUUGACAAAACAGAGCGAGAGCAAGACGCAGUUGACCAAUGACUACUAUCGAACCAAUGCGACUGAAGAAAGCAGGACAGAGAUGUCGGACACUGAGGCAGCUGAGGAGAAGCUGCUGAAGCCACCUGACACCGAGUGAUCACCUAUCACUGAACACAUAUUAACCAAACAUUUAUUCUUUGUUUUAAAACAGGUUAUUUAAAUGUUAUCUCAUCAUAAUAAUCUCAAUAUUUACAGAGUCACAGUAACUGUAGGAGUUGCAUUAUACUAUUAAAACAUAUAAAAGCAUAUAUUUACCACAACUUUUUAUAAUCUGUAGAAGGUACAUCAUACAAAGGUUUUGAUUAUGUUCAUGGGAUUUGAGUGAAUUAUGUUCUCAUUGUGACAUUGUGCUUUGAAUGUAAUAUAUUUUCUGUGUUUAUACUGUGCAGCUAAAGAUGAAAAACUGGUUUUCAUAACGGAACUAUUCUCAGGACUACAUACGUUAUAUGUACAUGUAAGCUAUGAAAUUUGAAUACAUUUUCUACAUUAGGCCUGGAGCAGCUGAUCAAUAUUUGGUACUGGAUUUUAUAGAUUAUAUAAAUGAUGGUACUACUCAUAUGAACUCAACCUUUAGCAUUGAAAUAUUGUUAAUAAUGUAACAGGAAUUAUAUUGUGAUGGUCUUGGACAAGGAUUAAUACACUGUUGAACAUAUUAAUUGCAGAUUAUGUACACAUCCUUUUCAAACCAAACUUGGUUUGAAUGUUUUUCUUUUUUUCAUGUUUAUACAUUAUACCAGCAAUAAAAUGUACUGUGGUUACCGA